AUGAGGUCUAGUAGAAAUGGAGUAGAUUCUGAAAAGAGCACUAUUGAUAAAUCAACCAAAUAUAUAAAGCUAAAGAAAUCUCAAAGUAACUUCUUCAAGGAGCUUGUGAAGCCAAGUGAUAUUUGCAUGCCUGAGCUAGAUAUAGAAAAGGAGUUCACUAAUGACCAAGAAUAUGAAACCUACUAUAAUACUUUUAAUGUGACUAGUUUGCUGCAACAAUAAACUUAGACUUUUAGUGAAGUGGAUAUAGUGAACCAGAGAGUGAUGAAAUCUGAAAACAGCGAGGAGCAGCACCCUGAUAUUAUCAGAUAUGUCAAUGCUAUAGAAGAAAACAUCGAUUACAUGAUUAAGAAAUACCCAGAUUAAGUUCUAAAGUCUAAGGAGUCAAUCAAUAAUUUUAUUAUAAGCUCCUAAACGAAGCAACUAUUGGGGAUUUUGAAAUAAAAUAGCGAAAAAUCCUUAUUUAAAAAUAUGGUCCUCUCAUCAAGAAACAUGAAUGAUUCUGUUUCAUCCAAUAUGUUCUAAUUUCAAAAUAAUAAGUCUGGCAGUAUAAGCUCAAACUAAUUUAAUAAGAUUUCUUUAUUUUCUUCAACAAAAGAUGACCCCUAUGCUUUUCCUAGGAUUCCUUAAACUACUGCAUGUAUGUUAGUAAUGGGAAGUAAAAAACCAAGCAACGACUAUGGCCUCUCUAGCAGAAGUUCUAGUCCAUUAAAAACAUAAAGACACUAAAGAGGUCCAUCAUCUAACUAAUUAGUGUCCCUACAAGACUUGCUAAAUAAUGGAAAUAAGAAAUUUUAACGUUAAGGUACUCUUUCAGGUGCUUAAUUAGAAGCAGAAAAUGACUAGCAGAUUAAAUCAAGAAUUCAUAGUUAAAACAGAAUUGAAGAUUCAGCUAAAUAUUUAAAAUAACAUAUGAAAGAGAUCUUUGCUUAUGACAAAGAAGAUCUUAUACGGCCUGUAAAUAGAUAUAAACUCAAUAUUUACAGAGAAAGCGCUAUUAACUAUGAAAUAUCUAUGGAGAUUAAGUAUUUAAGGGUCCAAGAACUGAGAAUACAGAAUAAAUUCAGGCUUUUAAAAAUGAGGAAGAGGAAUCAUCAGAUCUAGGAAGAGAUUAAGACUAGAGAAGACGAACUCAAAGAGAUUAGGGAAAAUUUGCUCCACUUAAACCACUUGAAGCUCAAGAAACUAGGAAGUUCUUCCCAAUCUCAAAGAAGUCCCAUAGGAAAAACUUUUGAGGAACCCCAUACUCCUUUUGACAAAUAAUUCAGAAAACAGCAGUUGACCAAUGAGAAGGAAAGAUUGAAAUUCGAAAUAUAGGAGAGAAAUAAAGAGUAUCACAGCAACUAAGAAAAAAUUGAGGAAUAUGAACUAAAGCAUAAACAACUAAAAUAAAUACUGCUUAAUACUAGAUCUUCUCAAGUAGAGCAUUAUGAAAAACUAUUGGUAACGGGUCUUGACUUUCGCUUAGACGGUCUUACCUGGAUCAUUAGAUCAAUAUGGCAUCUUGGUCAAGACAUUGAUCUUAAUAAGCUCCCAACAUUCCUUGACAUUCCAUCGUAAUCUUAUCUAUUAGAGAUAGCUAAAUUAGAGUUAAAAGUCUGGAAUCUAGGUAAGGAGCAUAAACAAUUGAUUUAACAAGAGAUAAUGCAUAAAACUAAGCGAAAGCCUACUCUUAUUGGGCAUAAUGAUAAUAUGCUAGACAGAGUUUUAAGUUUUGAAAGACCGAAAAUUAUUGAGUCAACAAGCAAAAAGGAGAUGAUUAAUUUGAAAUCACGAUUUAAGGAUAAGAAUGAGAUCUUAGAACAAAUAUAAGAAAAAAUCAAGGCUAGUAAAUAAACUAGGAAAUAGAUAAUUAAAGCCAGUGGUGAUCCUAUUCUGAAUAAAUAGAUAAAAAAAGUUAAUAAAUUCUUCUUCUCUCUAAUUGAUGGAGAGGGCAAAGGAAGAUGGGUUUAGUCAGAUGAUUUUAGCGAACCAAGUAGUUCAACUAAUCUCCAAACCUUCUCACCUGCGUAGGAAGGUAAGAAACCAAACAUGAUUAUUUAGACUUUACUAAACUAUACCAAGCGAAAUAUUUAAAGAAGCAAGGCUAAAACUGAUAUUGAAACAAAGAUUAGAGCAUUAAAAUAAGAGAUUAAAGACUUUAGGAUGAAAGAAUUUCAUAGAAUAUUUAGAGAGUUUAAUUGCAAGGGCAAUGGAAGUCAAAGUUAUGAGAAAAAAUUCAAUACUUCUUUUGACACCAUGCUUUUGGCAUUGUUUGGAGAAAAGAGAUUCAGGAAAUUUUAAUAACUAGCUUUCCAAGAAAAAAUAUAGCGAUAAAAUUAUGCUGCUUCUUUAAAAUUGUGA